AUGGAAUUAGAUAAAUAAUAUGAGCUUAAUCCAGAAGAUAUAGAUACAAUUUUUAGAGCCAUAAAAAAUAACAUUGAAUAAAAAAAGGAUGAUCUAGAUUCGACUCUUCCUUUACUUAUAGCAAAAUACAAACAUUAUUAGCUUUAAGAUAAUGAUAAAAAGUUUUAAUUAUUCUAACAACAGAUUGAUCCACCGAUUCCAUACAAGAGUUUCUGAAUUGUUUGAAAAAUGCAAGAAUCAAAAUUCUAUUGACUAUAUUCUAAGUAUUAGGGAUAUCCUAAACUAUGAUUGCUCAGAUUUUAAUUUUAUACUUAAAAAAAUUCAUAAAAAGUUUGAGUUGGUUAUGUAGGAAAAUAUUGAAGAAUCAAAUUAAACUUUUGUCAAGAAACCAAUUCCAUCAUGGCAGUUUAAUAUUCAAGACAAUAAAUGUCUAUUUCAAUUUUAUGAUUAAGAUUUCUGGAAACUGUACGAUAUAAUGUAAUUAUAAAAGUAAUAACACAUCUUAAAAUUAGAUAGUAUUGUUCAAAUCUAAUUAUAUUUCAUUAAGCGAGGCAAGAAAAUAGCGAAAGAUUAUAUAAUUAAAGUUUAGAAAGGAAUAAACGAAUUAACUCAAUUUAACUUUAGCCUAAUUUUGAAAUGAAUAUUUUAUUAGAAAGGGCUUAAUAGCUGAAGAAUCUACAAAUAAAUAAUCCUUUAUCAACAUAAUACAUAAAUAAAACUAUUGUCAUGUUUCGAAAUCCAAGUCCAAAUAAAAAUCUAUAUAGAAAUAAUAAAUAUUCAUUGUCAAUAAGUCCAAAAAAAACAUAAAAUAAAGAUCCAAAGAAUUAAAAGAUUGAUAUUCAAAGUAUUUUUGAUUCAGAUAACAUUAAUCUGUAUGUUAAUAAUUGCAAGUUGUCUCAAAAUAAGAAUAAGCAAGUUUUGCAUAAUGAUAAAUAUAUUUAGAUCAUAAAUGAAUCAUUUAAAUAAAAAAAUAAAUUGAAAAUAUUUUAAGAGAAUUGUAGUCCUCAAAAAAUAGAUAAUAAGUAAGAUUUGUUUCUUCCAAAAAUUAAAUCUCCUCAUUCAUUCGAGUAAAAAGGUAUAAAGAUAAGAUAUUUAAGAUAAAACAAAUAUAAUUUUAAAUUCGUAAAACAAUGA